AUGGUAUCUUCAUCCAACGGCAACGAUGGUCCCUUCCCAUGGCACCUUGGUGUUUAUGAUGCCCACUGUCACCCAACAGACAUCAUGUCCAACGUCUCCAAGAUCCAAAACAUGAAAGCGCGCUGCCUCACCGUCAUGGCAACGCGAGGCGAAGAUCAAGACCUUGUUAUCAAAACAGCAGCCCAGUACGGCAUCAAAUCCGGGAGCCCAGACGAUUGGCCAAGGGAGGAGUGUAUAGAGGAUCUCCGCAUCUUCAACGCUCUGCCGGACCCAACACCUUUUUCAGUCUUCUUGUCCCAGACACGGAAACAUCUCGAAGAACAUCCCUAUGCGCUGCUUGGAGAAGUCGGUCUAGAUCGCAGUUUCCGCAUCCCAGAAGCCUGGGUGCCUGAUCUUUGGGCCACACGCAACUCCACCCUGACGCCUGGAGGGAGAGAAGGAAGGCGCUUGACGCCGUUCCGAUGUCAACCUGCACACCAGAAGGAGAUCUUGAAGAGGCAGUUGCAGCUAGCAGCAGAGCUGGGGCGAGCGGUUAGUGUGCACGGUGUACAAGCGCAUGGAUUGGUGUACGAGUCACUGCACGAACUAUGGAAAGGCUACGAGAACGAAGUGCUUAGUAAGCGCGAGAAGAAGAAGCGCGGCAAAGACGACCCGAGUGUCGAAGCUGAGUACGACAAAUCUGCAAAGGAAGGAAGUAGUGGGCCAAAACCAUAUCCACCAAGAAUCUGUCUACACUCGUAUUCCGGAAGUGCGAGCAAUUUCAAGCAGUACCUCAAUCCUGCGAUUCCGAUUUACGUUUUUGCGAGCUUCAGUACGGCGAUUAAUUUGGGGGAUGCGCUGGACGAAGAGACGCCGGCAGAGUUUGAGGAGAUGAUCAAUACGGUGCCGGAUGAGAUGCUCCUUGUUGAGAGUGAUUUGCAUACUGCGGGUGACGAGAUGGAUCGGAGGUUGGAGGAUAUCGUCAGGAGGAUAUGUAAGAUCAAGCAGUGGGGCUUGGAAGAAGGGGUUGAGAGGUUAGGAAAGAACUGGAAAGCUUUCGUCUUCGGCGAUCCAUAA